AUGUGGCCAGAGCAGGCAGAUGUAUCUACAUGCUACCCACCUGAAACACCUGAAGAAGUUUUAACUACAGUUGUCAGUGAAGAAGCUACUUGUCCCAUAGAGAUCCGUAGGUUCGCUUCCCUUCCUAAACUUAUAAAUGUCACUAAGCUAGUAAUUAAGUUCACUAGGCUCCUUAAACGUACCAUUGGGAAUCGUAAAACUAAGAACUCGGGACCCGUAAACUCUGAAAAUGUCGAAGUACAGAACUCAGAAGCAUUACGAAUUCUUAUUGGCUUCACACAGAGUCAGUAUUUCCCAGAGGAGUUGUCAUACCUUAACAAGAAUUCCCACAAAAUUCCAGCCAGAAUUAAAUGCCUAGGUUUGUUCCUGGAUGAGAAUGGACUUUUGCGAUGCACUGGGAGACUACAAAAUGCGGACCACCUUCCAUAUAGCAGUAAAUUUCCUCUGCUUUUACCUCCAAAUUCUCCUUUGACUGGACUUAUAGUCAUUCAAGCACAUGAAAAUGUUCUUCAUGCAGGCGUUCAAGACACAAUUUACAAGGUGAGAGAAGAAUACUGGAUACCAAGACUGAGACAGUGUGUCAAGAAGAUGAAAACGAAGUGUCACCUAUGUAACCGUCUGGAAGGACCUGCAUUGCGCCGGCCUCCUCCGCCACCUCUACCGGCUUGCAGAGUGAACAGUCUCCGGCCAUUUGAGGUGACCGGAGUAGAUUUGACUGGACAAAUUCUUAUCUGCAAUCCAGCCACUAAAGAACUAGACAAGGUUUACAUAGUCGUAUUCACUUGUACCUCAACACGAGCUUGUCACCUGGAAGUGGUAAAAGACUUAACCAGCACUGCUUUUCUCAAUUCCUUCAGGCGAUUCACUGCAUGA